GACCUUAAAAAUUUAUAGAUAGCAUAGUACAAUGAAAUAUGAUUGAAAAUCUAAUACAAGAUCUACAUGUUUUCUUAGUAAAAAAAUAACAGUUUUUUCCCUCUAUUUUCGUACGUUGUUGUUUUGUCCUGAUCCAUCCCGUUUAAUUAGCAACCUCGUCAUCAAAAACAGAAAAAUAUCGAAACCAGUGCAUAGUGUCUCCCACUACUCUAUCUGCACUCUCAUAAAGUCACCAUUUUUUCAAAUAAAGUCACCAUUUUUGGUGAUUGUGAAGAAGCAAGAGCUGGGAAAUUCAAAAUGUCUAAGGUUUUGAUUCAUUUGUUUGGUGUUUUAUGGCUAUGUUCUUGGUUGAUGUUAACUGGUGAAGCUCAAGUUGUUGAUGAGUUGAAAUACAAAGAUCCAAAGCAACCGAUUUCGGUUCGGGUUAAGGACUUGUUGAGUAGAAUGACUUUGGAAGAGAAGAUUGGUCAAAUGACUCAAAUUGAUAGGAGUGUUGCCAAUGCUAAUGUUAUGAAAUCUAGUUUCAUUGGCAGUGUAUUGAGUGGUGGCGGUAGUGAACCCCUUCCAAAGGCUAGUGCCGAAGAUUGGGUGAAUAUGAUUAAUGAAUUUCAGAAAGGAGCUCUAUCAAGUAGAUUAGGGAUUCCUAUGAUAUAUGGUAUUGAUGCUGUUCAUGGACAUAAUAAUGUCUAUAAUGCCACCAUAUUUCCCCAUAAUGUUGGACUUGGAUGUACCAGGGAUCCGGACUUGGUAAAAAGGAUUGGUGCGGCAACUGCUCUUGAAGUCAGAGCUACAGGGAUUCCUUAUACUUUUGCUCCAUGCAUUGCGGUAUGUAGAGAUCCGAGAUGGGGUCGGUGUUAUGAAAGCUAUAGUGAGGAUACUAAAGUUGUGCGAGAGAUGACAGAGAUCAUAGAUGGCCUACAAGGAGAACUCCCGCCCCAUGCCAGAAAGGGAUAUCCAUAUGUUGGCGGCAAGACAAAGGUAGCGGCUUGUGCUAAGCACUUUGUUGGAGAUGGUGGUACAACCAAGGGAGUAAACGAGAAUAAUGCGGUGAUUGACUGGCAUGGAUUGGAGAGCAUUCACAUGCCUGCGUAUAUUGAUUCCAUCAUUAAGGGUGUCUCUACGGUUAUGAUUUCAUACUCCAGUUGGAACGGUGUAAAGAUGCAUGCAAAUCGUGAUCUAGUCACCGGCUUUCUCAAGAAUAACCUUAAGUUUAAGGGAUUUGUCAUCUCAGAUUGGCAAGGUAUUGACAAAAUCACAACACCUCCUGGUUCAAACUACACAUACUCCGUACAAGCUUCCAUUGAAGCCGGUGUUGAUAUGGUUAUGGUCCCAAUGAAGUUCGACGAUUUCAUUCAAGACCUUACGCUCUUGGUCAAGAGUAAUGUCAUUCCAAUGGAUCGUAUUGAUGAUGCCGUUGGGAGAAUUUUGCUUGUAAAGUUCACCAUGGGUCUUUUUGAGAAUCCUCUAGCCGAUUUCAGCUUAGUCAAUGAGCUUGGAAGCCAGGCACACAGAAACUUAGCGAGGGAAGCUGUGAGAAAAUCUCUUGUGCUGCUCAAGAAUGGGAAAAAUCAAAAUUCUCCACUUCUUCCUCUUCCAAAGAAAGUCCCAAAACUCUUAGUUGCCGGCACUCAUGCUGAUAAUUUAGGUUACCAAUGUGGCGGAUGGACAAUCAAAUGGCAAGGGUUCAUCGGUAACACUGACACGAGCGGAACUACUAUUCUCAGUGCUAUAAAUUCAACAGUUGAUCCAAGCACACAAGUUGUUUUCCGUGAGAACCCUGACGCUGAUUUUCUUAAAUCCAACAAAUUUGAUUUUGCCAUUGUUGUUGUUGGCGAGCCUCCUUAUGCCGAGACUGCCGGGGACAGCACAGAACUUACAAUGUUGGAUCCAGGUCCCAAUAUCAUCACCAACGUCUGCGGAGCUGUCAAGUGUGUAGUCGUCACCAUUACUGGCAGACCUAUUGUGAUUGAACCAUAUCUUUCUUCUAUAGAUGCAUUGGUUGCAGCAUGGUUACCAGGCACUGAGGGACAAGGUGUGACCGAUGUUCUUUUUGGUGACUAUGGUUUCAGUGGUAAGCUUGCAAGGACAUGGUUCAAAUCCGUCGAUCAACUCCCAAUGAAUGUUGGCGAUCCUCACUAUGAUCCACUUUUUCCUUUCGGUUUCGGACUAACUUCAGAAUCUGUCAGAGACCUAGUAACAAGGUCAACCUCAGCUUCUGAAUUUGUGAGGGCUUGUAUAUUUACCAUUAUGGUGACACUACUCACCAGCUUAUAUUUAAUUGGUUAAGCAACACAUUCAUGGGAGAGCUUAUUGGAUCUGGCAGCUAGAGAACUAACUUGGGAUACAUCCUAGAUUAGUCCUAUUUUAGUCAAAUUCAUUAUAUUAUUAUUAUGACAUUAUUAUUCAUGAAAUAGAACAUUUUUUUUCGGUAUAUACAAAGAUAA